AAAAAAUUUCUUUUGAAGACCAGGGAAAACCAUUGUGGGUGAUUAGGAGUCUUAACUUGUCGGCGAAGUUGCCAUCACGAAAUUCACUCGUUCGUUACACAACACUGGCGUUAUUAUGGAAGUGGACGUUCGAUUACUAGUUUUUACAAUUCUUUCGGCGUUAAUAAGAGCUCACGAAGGAGGCCCGCGAGUCGACUCAGCCAACAAAAUACGCCUUCACUGCACUUGGUGCCUGAGAAACAUUUCAACAGCAACAUGCAGAGUUCUAAGCAAUGGGACCAUAUCCUGCUUCAGAUGUAAAGAGCCUUUACCUGAGGGUUCACCCUGUAACAAGUGCAGAGACACUCAACUGCUUAAUGAUAACAAGACUGGAUUUCAAGCAUGUGACACUUGCAUGUGUAAUGGUAGUUUUGAUAGCAUCCAAGUUACAAAUUGUAACUACAAAGAUGGCCAGUGUGUAACUUGUUCUUACCAUGGCUGUACAAAAUGUCUGGACACUGGGAAUGAUUCAGAGUCAUCUAGUGACAAUUGUGUGACAGGAAAUGAUAAAGUGGAAGAAAGGAAGAAGUCAGUGUUUUCAACAAAGGAGAAAGUCAUUGUAGCUGUUUGUAGCACUUUUGGUUCAUUCUGCCUGUUUAUGAUUGUGUUCUUGAUCUUUCGGCACUUCAAAAGCAGACGUUUUAGUGUUAAAAAACCUUUCUGGACAGUUGAACUCACAAAUCGUAACUAUGAUGACCUGGAUUUUUCACUUCUGGAUCCCAUAACUGACAUUCCCUUGGUAUAUCGUGCAGACAUGGGUGAAUUUGAUAAUGAUGCCUUGCUCGGUGCAGAGAAACCACAGCUUAGUGUGGAAGUCGAUGAGGCUACUGAUGUUUCUUAGCAAGAAAUGUUUGGUAUACCACGAUAGACAUGAAACUUGUGGACAAAGUAGAGCAUUUAUAUCAAAGAGGGCAUGCAUGUCGUCCCUGAAAACAUGGUUUUUGAUAUUUUCUUUGUAACAAUACAUGCUUGUCAGCAGAGAGCAUUACAGUAGGUUACUAAGUAAAUAUAAAUGUAGACACAUGUUCAGUGCCUUGUGUGCUGCUUACACAUUAACUAGAGGAAUAUUUAAGAUUCCAUUGGAGUAUCAAGGGUUUGGUCAAGAGAAAGGUUACUUAUAAUUACUUUACAUGUUAUAACCAUAAGUAAUGCUAGUGAUUAAACAAAUCCACUGUAGAAUAAUUACUGAAAAACAAGUGUGAGUCAGUUGGCCAUGCAUUGCACUGCAGCUGUACACAGAGAUGCAAGAAUAUUUGUUGUGUAUUGGGCAUGCAUGUUGACUGUGAAAACAUAGCUUCAAUAUUUUCUUUUUGACAAUUUAUUGGGAACAGAGAACAGUCAAGUUAUGUUGAGAUCACAAACAUUAUAUGUUUAACAGGGUUUUAAAGUGAAAAACAACUAGAAUUGUCUAUCGUCGGUAAAGAAUUGAUUGUAACAAGGGGAAUCAGUGUGAGGUCGUGAAGGGAUAUCUUGAGUGUGCAUUAAAAUUGCCUGGAAUAGAAAUGUGUCAAGAACUUUUCCGUUCAUACUGACAUCACGAGUUGCUGUAUGAUAAUUUUAUUGUCAUUGCAUUUACAGCAUAGUUAGGAUUCAAGUUUAUAAGAUUAAUGUUAUUUUUUAUUUGUUGUUGGCAACCUUAAAGUUUACUUUUAUUGGUAAGCCUGUAGAAAAGUGUUAAGGUUUUUAAAAAGAUCACUCGUUAUAAGCCCCUAAAUCUGCUUCUUAAAUCUAUGGAACUUUUUUUUAUUUCAGUACUUUGUUUUUGAAUUAUCUGAAUUUUAUUUAAACAAACAACUGCAUGGUUCAUUCAUUUAUUCUGUGCUGAUAAUGCCUUACUUUAUUUAUUCCUUGUAAACUUCUAAGAUUAAGUUAAAGCUGAUCACAGUUGGAGUGACUAAUAAGAACAACGUUAGAGCAUA